GACACUUUUCUAAAAGUAAACUUAAAACUAAAAAACCACGGGGUAAGAAAACAGAACUGGUUUUUGUUGUUGUAGAUGACUGUGUGAUAAGAUUCUCAAGUACUCAAUAAUAUCCCUUUCCUGUAAGGUGUCCCUCCUGUUAGGGAGAGAAUUAUGGAAAUUAUGACAAGUACAACAUGUUGUCACAUAUCCCUUAAAGGGUUGUGCAAACAUUUUAGUUUCUGUUCAAUUUAACUAUAAGAGGAAAUGAAUCCUGCUUUUACAGCACUUAUUUUGCUCUUGAUGCCAAAAUCACUUCGAGCACAUCAAAUUGCAGCAUGAACCAUUCAGUUGAGUUGUCUCUUUCAGAGGAGUUUGAUGGCAGCACAGCAGUGGCGUGUGUGAUCCUCGGUUUGUCCUUCCUGGUUGGAGCUCCUGGGAACGUGCUGGUGAUCUGGACCAUCCUGAGACACGUCAAGCAGCGCUCCCAUACUGUGGUGAUCAUUCUGCACUUGGCUGUUGCAGACCUGCUGGUUCUCAUCACCCUGCCUCUAUGGAUCUACUCUCUAGCUCACACUUGGGUGUUUGGAGCAGUAUUGUGCAAGACCUUAGUGUACACUGUGACUGUGUGCAUGUUCAGCAGCAUCUUCUUGAUCACUGUUAUGAGCGUGGAGCGCUUUCUUGCCAUCUGUCAUCCAUUUCUGAUGAUGCGCUGGAAGACAAAAAGCAAUAUAAAAAUAUAUCUUGUACUUUUGUGGCUGCUUGCUUUCCUUCUAGGAGUGCCUGCCUUAACACAGAAUCUGGAAAACACUGAUGGAAAUGUGCAAUGUUUCACUAGGGAAUUAAACUCUGACACCAACACAAUUAUCAUCCUUUGCCUAGAAACCUUGUUGGUCUUUAUAGUUCCUUUCAUUGUUCUAAGUAUCUGCUACUGUCUAGUAGCCGCACAGAUCAAGAAGAUGAGUUUCAAUUCAAAAGAGAAAUCCAUGGUUCUCAUCCAUUCUGUAGUGAUUGCUUUCACAGUGUGCUGGUUGCCUUACCACGUUAUCAACAUUAUUGAUCUGAUUUGUAUCUUAAGCUGGCCAGACACUGACGACGACUGUGUAUCAAAGCCUAUCAUCUUCAUAGUUGGUGCCCUGGUUUUCAUCAGUAGUUCGGUAAAUCCUGUGUUAUAUGCCUUCUUUGCAAAGAACUUACAAGGGAGUCUGGAAGAGUCCCGACUAGUGAGGCUAUUUAAGGAAAUAGCCACUAACACAAACAAAGUGAGGGAGCUGGCAGUGCAACAGCAGACAGACCAGAGGGCAGCAAGUACACAAGAAGAGCUGCUAUCUGACUGUGUGUGUCAAAGACUGUGAUGAUGGUAAAAUGUGACACUUGUCAUUUACUAUUAAUCACGAAGGAUUAAAUGAAAAUGUACUCAUAUUAUUGCCAUGUGUUGUACUCCUCCAUUGUUUUUUAUGUAUAUAUUUUUUUAAUUAACGUAAUGCAGUCAAAAUACAUAACUUUGAACUUGUGUUUUGAGAAAUGUCUGUGAUAAGGUUUUUUUUUUUAUUCUUAAACAUUUGAUAUUGUCCAUUAUUGUGUAAGGUGUUCUGUUUGUUAUCCUACCUGAAAAAAUAAAAAGUGCUACUGAAAACUGCUCCAAAUGUCAUUUUAACUGCUGUAUCGUUCUAUCAAACUUAAAUGUAAUGCACAAUUUCUUCACUAUUUCUGCCAAAUACUGAAACAAAGCCAUUAAUUCCUGUCAACCAUGUAUAGUCUUUUGAAAAAGUGUAGUGUCUGAACAUGUUUGUAAGUAAAUUAUAUUUCCACGUGUGCCAUCAUCCUUCAUCAUAUUUUCCUAGCAAGCUGAUGAAUAUUUCUUGGUUCACUGAAAUGAAAGCUAAGGAAUAUCUCUGUUGUUUAAAUAUUACGUAAUACCUUUUCCAGUAAUGCUGCAUGCCAUGUAAAGACCUGCAAAUGAAACAAUAAACAAAAAUACACAGCAUAGAAUCCAUUUUAAUUUUACUUUUACAAUUCCUUAGUGACAAAGGUAGAAUGUUUUUGGAAAUUAUUCAUAAUCUGCUAGUUUUUGUAUGUGCUAGUGGUUCUCUAAGUCGAAGACAGUGGUUCUCAAACUGUGGGUAAGACAGUUAAAAAAAUGAAGUGAAAGUAACAUAAAAAAAACCAAAAGUCAGGGAAA